AUGCAGCUUGACGUGCGGCGCAUGCCUGACCUUUGCAAAGCUUCACUGGAAAGGUUGGUUGCUUUGCCUCAACAGUGCUUUGAGGUCACAGGACAAAAGUUCAUGCAAAUUUCGUCCGUCGGUGAGCGAUUUUCACCUAAUUUGCCGAGUACCCAGACACAGGCCCGUGCUCAAGUGAUUCCCACCCCAGCAGUUCACCCUCCAUAA